UUCCACCAGGUCCUCAUGGGUUACCAUUGGUUGGUUACACUCCAUUUAUGGGCGACAACGCUGCUGAAUUAUUUCGAAAAAUGAAAAGUAAAUACGGAUCCGUCAUGUCAGUGCAAAUAGGACGCGACGACUGGAUAGUUUUGAACGACUAUGACACUAUCAUGGAGGCUCUUGUGUAACAAAGUGAAAAGUUUUCUGGCCGUCCCAAGCUUUUCAUGCUAGAAUUAUUAACAGGCGGCCGCGGAUUGGCAAUGGUUGAUUAUGGUCCUACAUGGAAAACUCUUCGAAAAUUUGGUCUGAUGACUCUAAGAGGGUUUGGCGUUGGCAAAAAGGGGAUGGAGGCAAGUGUUAUUGAAGAAACUCGAUCUCUAACCGAAGAUUUGGCAACACAAAGCGAACGUAGUCUGAGUAUGAAGUUUACUCAAGCAGUGUCGAACAUUAUUUGUCGAGUUGCAUUUGGUUCAAGAUUUGGAUACGACGACAAAGACUUUCUUCAGUUAAUUGGAAUAGUACGAAAAUAUCUUGGGGAUACGACGGCUGGAAAAAUGGAUGGGUUGAUGACUAUGGCUCCCAUUUUGAGAUUUUUUCCACCAUUUAGCAGCUACUUCAAAGAGGAAUUGGAAGAUAUUGAAGUUUUCAUGGGUAUCAUAGCCAGAAUCAUCGAAGAGCAUAAAGAACAAUUUGACGAAAAUGAUAUCCGAGACUUCAUUGAUGCUUUCCUCAAAGAAAUGAAGACACGGGAUAAAAAUGAUGCCUGUUUCAACAAACUUCAACUCAUUCAAUACAUCAGAGAUUUAUUUGAAGCUGGAACAGGAACAACAAGCAGCACUUUAUGUUGGGCGAUUCUUUGCUUUGCACAUUAUCCAGAAUGUCAAAAAAAAGUUGCCGACGAAAUUGAAAAAACUUUAGGUUCGGACGGGGUACCCACUAUGAAGCAUCGAGAUGAAAUGCCUUACACUUGUGCUUUCAUACAAGAACUAAUGAGACAUAGAACUUUGGCGCCAUUAAGUGUAUUCCAUAAAACGAACGAAGAAGCGACUCUCAAUGGAUAUACUAUCCCAAAAAAUACCACGAUCAGUCCAAAUAUUUGGGCAGUUCAUUUCGAUUCCAAAUAUUUUGAAAACCCAAAAGAAUUUCGACCUGAGAGAUUUAUCGACGAAGACGGAAAAUUUAUGAAAUCAAAUCACGUGAUCCCAUUCUCCGUCGGUCCUCGUCACUGUGUUGGAGAACAACUUGCAAGAAUGGAAAUUUUCAUAUUCUUGGUCGGUAUAAUUCAGCAAUUGCGAAUUGUACCGGACCCAAAGAAGCCUCUUCCAGCCUUUGAUGUCGGUGCUUUCAAUGGUUUUUCGUACGAGCCUCCCGAAUUUGAAGUAAUUUUUCAAAAACGCUGAAGAAGACAUGUAAAAGUGAUAAUAUAAACCCUAAGAAAAACUGUUCGUAAUGAUAUUAAAUUUUAUCUAUGAAGGAUUUAAAAUAUUUUCUUUGACCUAAUUAUA